AUGACAGACAGCCCUUGUCCCGGAAAUCCCAAGGCUGUCCCAUCUGUGCCCACCAUCUCCACGUGCUCCAAGGGCGACAGCAUUAGAAAUGCUAUCCGUUUGCCCAGUUCCUGCCAGAGUAGGACGUGGCAACUGGUUACACAUCAAGAAGAUUGCACACCAUCCAACAGUAUCCCAGUCACCUCUAAACCCAUCUCUUGUCCAUCAACCUGCUUUCCAGAAACUUCCUGUGUGGGUUUUGUUUGCCAACCCAUAGGUUCACAGACAGCCUGCUGUGCACCUGACACUGGUGGCACUCUUCGUCCAGCUGCCUCAUGCGAGCCCUCCAGUUUGGAAUCCACUGGAUGUCACUCGACAUGCUGCGAUAACAGCCCCUGUCACCAGAGCUCCGGUCAGGGACCUGCCUGCACCUCAGGGUCAUGCCAGGCAGCAUGUGGACCAUCAGCCUCCUGUGACGGUGGAUCCUGCCAGCCAUCCUGCUCUGAAGCAACUGCCUGUGCUGAGACCCUGUGCCUACCAGCCAUCUGUGAGGCUGGUUCAUGCCAACCGACCUGCUGCCAAGGAGGGUCACAUCAACCCAUCAAAGGUGAAGGUCAGCUCUGCAAGCCAGUUUAUUACCAACCUAUCUGCUAUAUUCUCAAGCCCUGCCAGCCAGCUCCCUGCAUGCCUGCCUCCUGCCAGCCAUUAAAUUGUAUGUUCAGUUCUUGCAGCCAAACUUGUUGGGCACCCUCCUCUUGCCAGCUGCUUCACUGUCAACCAGAGCCUUCAGUUUCCUUCAUCUGCCAUCCCGUGGCUACCUUCCAGUCCCCUUGUUGUGUAAAGAACUGCAGUAAAUCAGCUUCAUGUGCUAUGGUUUCUGGCCAACCAGCUUGUGGUGGACCCACUACCAAUCAGAGAGACUGCCAAUCUCCCUCCUGCCCGCCCCCUUGCUGUGUGACUGGCUUUGGCAAACCUUCCAGCAGCGGCCCUGGUUGCUGUCCACCAAGUUCUCCACAUGUAAGCCAAGUGGGCACCUGUGUGCCUGCUUGCUAA